GGCGCCGCUUCCGUGCUGGCGGCGAGGCGGAGGAGCGGCAAGAUGGCGGCGGCGGCGGUGCUGGAGCUGCAGCGCGCGCAGUCCCUGCUCUCCACCGACCGCGAGGCCUCCAUCGGCAUCCUGCACUCCAUCGUGAAACGUGAUGUCCAGGAAAACGAUGAGGAAGCAGUGCAAGUCAAAGAGCAGAGCAUCCUGGAGCUGGGGUCGCUGCUGGCCAAGACUGGGCAGGCAGAAGAGCUGGGAGGACUCCUGAAGUACGUUCGACCCUUCUUGAACUCCAUCAGCAAAGCCAAGGCCGCCCGCCUGGUCCGGUCCCUGCUCGACCUGUUCCUGGACAUGGAGGCAGCAACAGGACAGGAGGUUGACCUGUGUUUAGAGUGUAUUGAGUGGGCCAAAUCAGAGAAGAGGACUUUCCUACGCCAGGCUCUGGAGGCGAGGCUGGUCUCUCUCUACUUCGACACCAAGAGGUACCAAGAAGCUCUGCAGCUAGGCUCCCAACUGCUUCGGGAAUUGAAAAAGAUGGAUGACAAGGCACUGCUGGUGGAAGUGCAGCUCUUAGAGAGCAAGACUUACCAUGCCCUGAGCAAUCUGCCAAAAGCAAGAGCAGCCUUAACCUCGGCACGGACUACAGCCAACGCCAUCUACUGUCCCCCCAAGCUGCAGGCAGCGCUGGACAUGCAGUCAGGUAUUAUCCACGCAGCAGAAGAGAAGGACUGGAAAACAGCCUAUUCAUAUUUUUAUGAGGCGUUUGAGGGCAAUGAUUCAAUUGACAACCCCAAAGCCAUCACUGCUCUGAAAUACAUGUUGCUGUGCAAAAUCAUGCUCAACAGCCCAGAAGAUGUGCAAGCAUUAGUGAGUGGGAAGCUUGCUCUGCGGUAUGCAGGAAGACAGACAGAAGCACUAAAAUGCGUGGCACAGGCCAGCAAGAACCGGUCGCUGGCAGAUUUCGAAAAGGCUCUGACAGACUACAAGGUGGAGCUCAGGGACGACCCCAUCAUAAACACUCACCUGGCCAAGCUCUAUGAUAAUUUAUUGGAACAGAACCUGAUCAGAGUCAUCGAACCCUUCUCCAGAGUACAGAUUGAACACAUAUCCAGCCUCAUCAAGCUCUCAAAGGCUGAGGUAGAAAGGAAACUGUCACAGAUGAUCUUGGACAAGAAGUUUCAUGGAAUCCUUGACCAGGGCGAGGGUGUCCUGAUCAUCUUCGACGAACCCCCCGUAGACAAAACUUACGAGGCUGCCCUCGAGACGAUUCAGAACAUGAGCAAAGUAGUGGAUUCGCUCUACAACAAAGCCAAGAAGUUGACAUAGAGUUGAAUUUGCUAGCUGUCAUUUGGAGAGUGUGUGUGACAGGAGAGUGAAACCUUUGGGAAAAUGUUAGGAGACUUUUUUUUUUCUUCUUUGUUCUACUUUUCGCUCGGAAAGUUUUUAAACUUCCUCAUCCGGUGCAUCUUGUAUUCCAGACGAUGCGUGUUCCAGUUUCCAUGUAAUCUUUACUGGCCGAACUUUGUAUCUGGGGGGGGAAUAUUGUUUAAACAAAGAGGGUAUUCUAAAUAAAAGGAAAAAGGCUUACACUACCUAAA